CUGUCCCAAACGAGACAAGACACAUUCAACUCUGACUGAAACACCGACGGAGCUGCAGCUACCAGGUCUUGGAAUACAAUCAUGAAAUUGCAUCAGGAUUCAGAGGCCACGAAGGAAGACAGAAAGAGUCUCAAACCUCAGGUGGAGAGACGUCGAAGGGAGAGAAUGAACCGCAGUCUGGAGAGCCUGAAGACUCUUUUGCUACAGCAACAGGAAACGUGUCAGCGCAGAGUGGAGAAAGCUGAGAUACUCGAGCACACAGUCCUCUUUCUGCAGAACACCGUCGAAAGGAACACCAUGAGAGCUGAAGGUGGUGGAGGUGGAGGUGGAGGUCAGAAACACUCCUUCCAAGACGGCUUCUCCACCUGCCUACAGACAGCUGCUCGGUUCCUGGGACCUGAUGGGAAAGGCUUGAGGCUCGGAGAAGCUCUGGAUGCUUCUCGUUCAGACUCUGCAGGGGUUCUCAGAAGAACCGCAUCUCGUUCCUCCUCCAGCUCCCUGCUCCUCAUGAAGUCCUCCAGGUCUAUUCUUCGGCUGCUCAUACAGAAAUCCGGGCACAGACUUUGCACGCCCGUCCUCACCACCGUACCAAGUUGUGUUCAGACCCGUGUAGAAACACAAAGCUCCGACACAUCGACUCCCCAACAUCCCCACAGAGAGGCGAGCCAGUCGGCCAGCCAGUCUCUGUGGAGACCCUGGCCCUGAUCUCCACCCAGGGACUCCAGAAACUGAACUUUUAAAGACUCUAACAUGCUCAUCGACAUCCACAAAUGAAGAGCAUGUGUUGUUCCUACAAGGACAUUCUCAGUGCAAUGUAUUUAUCUCGGGCCUCCUGCUUUCUGUAAAGUAUUAUACAUUUGUAUAUUUUGUAUGUGACCAUUCCAGCUGCUGCUACGACUUUUUUGUUCAU